AUGGCGAGUCUUCUCGCCUUUCUUUGUAUUUUUGGGUUUAGUUUUUGGACAUCUACUAAUGCAUGGGAUGAAAGCAAGUGGACAGUGUCAAACGAACUCUUCGACUCGCUCGAGGAACUGGCACGGCUGGUUGACAUCUCCUACUGUGUCGGUACUACCGGGAUUCAAAAGCCCUUCCAGUGUCUCAGCCACUGUGCCGAAUUUCCAGAUUUGGAGCUGGUGACAACCUGGAAUACUGGAGUUCUUCUAUCCGACUCGUGUGGCUAUGUCGCCCUCUCUCACCCACCCUCUCCGAAACGCAUCCUCGUCGCAUUCCGUGGCACCUACUCUCUUACAAACACAAUCAUCGACCUCUUGGCCUACCCGCAGUCAUACGUGCCCUACCCCGGCGACAGCCAUGACCAGAGGAAUGGGACCAAGCUCCCCUCAGCGCCGCGAUGCGAAAACUGCACAGUGCAUGCCGGGUUCAUGACGUCCUGGCUCAACACUCGCUCCGUAGUGCUAUCGUCUGUAUCAGCGGCGCGGGAGAAGUUCCCCGAUUACGAAGUCACUCUCGUGGGUCACUCGCUCGGGGGCGCUGUCGCAGCGCUGGCUGGUCUCGAAAUGCGCCUGAAGGGCUGGGAUCCGCAGGUGACGUCAUUUGGAGAGCCGAUGGUCGGAAAUGGGGCUUUUGUCCAAUUUCUCAAUCAGCACUUCCAGCUCUCCUCAAAACACAGCAAAGCAACCAGUGACUCACCGCGCGACAAACAUCUACGUUUCCGCCGUGUCACUCACGUUGGUGACCCGGUGCCUCUGCUUCCGCUUCAGGAAUGGGACUACGAGGCGCAUGCUGGCGAAAUCUUUAUCUCUAAACAGGACCUACCUCCCUCCAUUGAAGAUCUCCAGCCGUGCGUCGGGAAUUGUGACCCGCGCUGCAUUGCUGGGCCAGAGACCACUGACCUUCUCCGAACCCUAAAGAUGGACCCGAGUAUUCACAGGCCUGUUAGCGUCUCCAGCUGUCCACCCAGCCAAGAUGACGUGGACCUUGAAACGGCAGACCAAGCCAAACAAGUCAUCUUAGGGCAGCGGACGAGUCGCGGUCGAAGCAGCCCUGCAGACUGCGACCGAAACCAGGCCAACGGCCUGUUGCAUUCUAUCCACUGGGACUGGUCUAUUCCCGCGCGAUAUCGAAUCUGGCAGCUCUUCUGUGCCCACCGCGACUACUUCUGGCGGAUUGGUCUGUGUAUUCCGGGCGGGGAUCCGACUGGAUGA